AUGUCCUUUUACCGUACAAGUAACUCAUCGUCAUCAUCCACACCGUCAACAAUGGCAACUGAGAAAGACUUAGCAAAUGAUAUUGUUUUAAACAAUGCAGCAGAGGAUUCAAUUAGUGAUAUUGCUUUUUCUCCACAGUCAGACUUCAUGUUCAGUGUAAGUUCAUGGGAUAGCAAAGUUAGAAUAUGGGAUGUCCAAAGUGGAUCCCCUCAAGGAAGGGCACAGUACGAUCAUCAAGCUCCAGUGUUAACUACGAGAUGGUCAAUCGAUGGAACUAAAGUUGCAAGUGGCGGCUGUGAUAAUGUCUUAAAAGUAUUUGACGUGACUACAGGACAAGCACAGCAGAUCGGACAACACAACAGUGCUGUACAAUCUUUAAGAUUUGUAUCAUGUGGACCAACCAAUCAAGAGUGCAUCGCUACGGGUUCUUGGGAUAAGACAGUAAAGUACUGGGAUCUUAGGUCUCCACAGCCGAUAAUGACAUUACAAAUGCCCGAAAGAGUGUACUGCAUGGAUGCUUCACAAAAACUUAUGGUGGUAGGCAUGGCUGAAAGACAUAUAGCGGUAAUAGACUUGAAUAAUCCAGGUCAAAUCUUUAAGACAUCUCUAUCACCUUUGAAAUGGCAAACAAGGUCUAUUUCGUGUUAUAAUGAGGGGAACGGAUUUGCAAUUGGUUCUAUCGAGGGAAGGUGUGCCGUUCAAUACAUUGAUGAACAAGAACAAAGGAAAGACGGUUUUUCGUUCAAAUGCCAUCGUCAACAAGUGCAGAAUAACGGUGCUGCUGGUGGUAGAACGUCUACUGAAGUCCAAGUGUACCCUGUAAAUAGCAUAGUAUUCCACCCUAUUCAUGGUACGUUUGCUACUGCUGGUGGGGACGGUUCUUUCCACUUCUGGGAUAAAAACCAUAGACACAGGCUAAAAGGCUUCCCGAAAUUAAACUACUCCAUUCCUGUUUGCCAAUUCAAUAGGACGGGUUCUGUUUUUGCCUAUGCACUAAGUUAUGACUGGCAUCAAGGCCAUAUAGGAAACAGGCCAGACUAUCCAAACGUCAUUCGAUUGCACGCAACUACCGACGAAGAAGUCAAGGCUAAGAAAAAGACUACUGGAACCCGAUAA